AUGGAUGGGUUUCCAAACACCGCGUCCAACGAUGGCUCACUUCCAGAGAUACUGGGCACAACAGCGGCUGCCCAGGUGUAUCUCUCGCAUCUUACCACCUUAGACCUCCCCACACUUCUUGCUGAGCCAGCAGCGCUCCAAACUCAAGCCCACCACCUCACUUCCAGCUUGACUUCGUUGACGCAUACGUCUUACCCCACAUUUCUCUCUCUCCACCAAACAACCGCUGCCCUCUCAUCAUCCCUUGACUCCUUCCAAUCCUCCCUCAACACCCUCGUCACCGAUAGCCUUCCAGCUCUGGAAGAAAGCGCUGCGCGAUGGCGUGACCGUACCGACAAAGUAUUGGUGGACCGUCAAAAGGCGCGAGUAGUGCUUGAGCAACACGACAAAAUUCGCGACUUGCUCGAAAUACCAAUGCUCAUCGACACCUCCGUCCGAAACGGGUACUUUGCCGAAGCACUUUCGCUUGCAGCCCAUGCGCGGUCGCUUUCCGCCGCCAAAAACCCUCCCCUCAUCCUCAACUCCGUCCUAUCAGAAGUCCAGCAUUCGAUAACCAACAUGCUGCUAUCCCUUUUGGCCACCCUUCACGAUCCGAGCCGUAAACUACCAGCACUAUGGAAGGCCGUUAAUUUCCUGCGCAAGAUGGACGUGUUUGGGCACGAUGGUGUGCAACCCGAAGAACAGAUAGCGCUUGCCUUUCUUGGUGGCCGCGAAGCAUGUUUGAAAGGGCUGCUAGAGGGUCCAUUGCGGGACAUACAACGUCUGAUUGGAAACAGCGGCAGCCUCGGAGAGAAGGAGCGGGAGGAACUGGCUCUAGAUCUCAGGAAAUACAUCGACGUUUGGAGGGAACACUUCAACGAUAUAGUCACUCAGUUCUCUACCAUAUUCCUCGAGCGGUCGCCAGCGACAGCCGCACCUACGACUCCCUCCCGACCGCUGGAAUCGUUGCAUCCAUUGUUGACGAGGUACACCACCCAUGUACUAUCAACCCAUCUUUUCCCUGUCCUCUCACAAACCCUACCGCUUCUCACCCUCCCUGCCAUUGCUACAGCCCUCCGCCAAUUAACAUACUGUGCAACCGCCUUUGCCCGGCACGGUCUCGACUUCCGUGGUCCCCUGCGUGGCUUAUUCUCUCGCGUCGUUGCCAAUACUGCCAACGACGAUCUCAAAGCGGUCGGCGCCAAAUGGGUCGACAAACUGAAAUCCGCCGCUGGAGAAGUGCCCGGGCCGGUUUCGCCGACGCUUUCGUCAGCAACUCGCAAAGCCAAGCUCAAGCCGCCGUCCCAAUGGCUUGUCGUUGCGUCACAAACUGCUUCUCCCCCGACGCCUACUGGACAGGAGGUAUUGACCGCGCCACACGUCCCCCCACAAAUCCUCGUGGCCUACCCUCCCUUGGCGGAACACACAAAUGCCGUGCUGGGUGUUAUGAACGGACUACGGCAUCUUGCCUCGGUCGAGAUCUUCACCGAACUGACCACGGCGCUCGAUAACAUGCUUGGCGAUUGCGGAGAUGCUGUUUUGGGCUAUGUCAAGCGCGUGUGUGACGGUACCGCGUUGAAGGAAGACGAAAAAGAGCAAGAGGAGAAGAUCGCGUUGGCGGUGGCCGAGGUUUAUUUCAAGGUGUUGUUGCCUUAUGCCCGCAAGGCGCUUGUGGAGGGUUUAUAUCGAGUACCAGUGGCUUCAUGGGCCACAGAAGUGCCUGCCUGUGUACGAGAGUGGGAGGGUUGGUUAGACACACGAAGGUCGUGA